AUGGGAAAACCCAUGAAUAUGAAGCAUGGAAAGGAGGAUGACCCUUUAGGUUUUGUUUUGGAUUCUGGUAGUAUUACUGGAAUUCUUUGCGUCUACCAAUAUCAUAAUGGAAAAACUGCCUUUUGGAACCCAACACCGGAGGAAUUCAAGAUCAUUCCUCCAAGUCCUUUUCUUUUUAGAUCACCUUAUCAAAAGUUUGUAGUUAAUCCUCUUGGGUUUGGUUAUGAUAUAGUUAGAGAUGAUUAUAAGUUGAUUAGGUGUGUAGGUUAUUUUAACUUAGAAUACGAAGAGUGUGAAGAACUUGGUAUUUCAUGGAGUGAUGCGCCAUGGAAAGAUUUAUCUUAUGAAUACUUAUGGGAGAUAUAUAGCCUUAAAAGUAACACUUGGAGAAAACUUGAUGUUAAUGACUCUGCUUGUUCAUGUUUUUCUAACAUCGCUGGUGUACGACUAUACACGAAUGAAAUGUGUCAUUGGUGGCAAUAUGGUAAAAAGUAUGAUGGAGUAGAGGUGGAAUCAUUUGACUUGAGAAAUGAGGUGUUCUUUACAACACUUGUACCCUUAGGCGAUGUAUAUUCUAAGUCGUUAUACAUGGUGGGGUUAAAUGGCUCCAUUGCCUUCAUCUCAUGGACCUCUGGUACAACUACUUUUGACAUUUCAAUUUUGUGUGAAAUUGGAGUAAAAGAAUCAUGGACUAAACUAUAUAGUAUUGGACCAUUUUCUUGCAUCGAGCAUCCUAUUCCUAUCGGAACAUGGAAGAAUGGUUUUGUAUUUUUCAGGACCAAAGACAAUGAAAUUGUUUUGUAUGAUUUACAAUCCCAGAUGAUAGAAGAGCUUUGCAUUGAAGGAGAGCAUUUUAGUCAUAUAUUACCUUAUAAGAAAAACCUUCUUUCUAUUGGAGGAAUAAAUCAAUAA